UAAGAAAAAUUUCUAUAGUGUUGUGUUUUCUGCUUUGCUCAGUCUCAUUGCGAGAAAUCUCCAUGGAUUCACAAGUGUUGGUGGCGCUUGCUCUCUCUCUUGUGGGUGGAUUGAGUACUUCUCUAGGUGCAUUGUUUGUAAUACUAAAUCAGGCUCCAAAUUUGAAGCUGCUUGGGCUUUUACAGGGUUUUGCUGCAGGCCUAAUGCUGAGCAUAUCAUUUCUAGAUCUUGCCCACAAUGCUAUGAACUCAAUAGGGUUCUUAAAAGGCAACCUUUGGGUUGGCUAUAUCCCUUAAUCUAUAUUAAUUGUAGUACAUUGCAUUAUGUGAUGACUGACGGCUGUUUGCUUUGAAGCUUAUUCUAGUUUUUCUGAUUACGCAGUUUUUUGCUGGUGUUAUAUUCUUUGCUAUUGUUGCAAAUUUUAUACCAGAACCAACUAUUGCCCCAGGUUCGGAUGCAAGGAACAAAAAGAACAAUGGUGAUGAGAAAGACUUAAUGAAAAGACAUCGUCGCCAGGUUUUAUAUAGUGGGGUUAUUACAGCAAUAGGAAUAAGCUUGCAUAAUUUCCCGGAAGGAAUGGCAGUGUUCCUUGGAUCCAUCAAGGAUCUUCGUGUUGGUCUUAAUUUAGCCUUGGCCAUUGCUUUGCACAACAUCCCAGAGGGUGUGGCUGUUGCACUUCCCGUUUAUUUUGCUACACAAAGCAAGUGGCAGGCAUUCAAAUUGGCAACGCUUUCUGGUUUUGCAGAGCCACUCGGUGUUGUAAUUGUUGCCUACCUUUUUCCAAGCAGCAUAAGUCCUGAAAUUCUUGAGGGCUUGCUAGGAUCCGUUGGUGGAGUAAUGGCUUUUCUAACUCUGCAUGAAAUGCUUCCAUUGGCAUUUGAUUAUGCUGGGCAGAAGCAAGCUGUCAAGGCUGUGUUCCUUGGAAUGGCUUUCAUGUCUGCAAGCCUGUAUUUUCUUGAGAUCAGCUUACCGGGGGAGAUGAGCUUGUGACCCUAUCAAGGGUAGAGCGUUGUAAACUGCUGAAGCUAGGAACCUUUGAGCUUAAGCCAAAUUAAGCUCUGUUCUUCCGAGAAAAAGGCUAAGGAAGGUGGACCUCUAUGCCAUUUAUUCCUUUCACAAACUUGAAGAAGCAGAAGGAGAAUAGUUAUGUGGAUCCUGUAUCGCAAACAAAAACGUGGUUAUGUAGGUUGCUGUACUUGUUAAACCUCCUCUGAAAUAAAACAGAAAAUGUUCAAGCAGAUUUAUGAUCUUAUGAGUUCAAUAUAUGAACAUCUAGCCA